GUGAUGACGAAGAAAUCGAAAGUUAUGUGGAGGAUUGUGAUAACGAUGAUGAUGGCAAUAAUAACAGCGACACCAGUAAAGAUGAUCCAACGUAUAUAGAAAAAAAAACAAUAAAUUUCUCGCGUAUUAAAUUUAAUGAACGUAAAAUCAAAGCGAGAUAUCAAAAGCCAAAUGAUUUAAUCUCCGACGGUAUUCUUGAAAUUAAUCACAUAAAAAAACAUCAUCAAAAACUAUAUCAAAUCCUAGAGACAAAUAAUUGUUUACGCGAUUUCGUUUAUCCUGAGCUAAGUGAUUCCAUCGGCUUGAAUGAGCGAGAAAGAGGUUUUGUCCGCGAUUAUAUUCUAUAUGGAAAAGCCACAGUUCCAGAAGAAAGAUCUCAAAAUCGAAACUUUUAUGAUAGCUUAAUUUCUUUCUUGAAACAAUUGCAAAUAAUUUGGAAAUCAAAAUCCUAUCAAGAGCGAUCAGAAACAAUCAAUGAAAAAUCCUACUCGCACCAAGUUGUAAAACCAAUAAUGGAUUUUACAUUACACAACAUCAAUAAUGUAGAAUCCAGAUAUGACGGUCAUCCAUCUGAAGCAACACAACGACGAAAUGCUGGUGAAGAUGGCCCUAUAAGAUAUCCGGAUCUUUUCUCCUAUAAAGAACAUGAAAAACAUGCAAUUAAUAUUGCAUUUAUACAUGGUGAAAUCAGCAAUGGCCCGUUCGUAGAAAUUAAUGCACAGCAUUUGAAGCAUAUAUCAAAUGAUAAGAUUCGCCUUGGGAAAUUCGCAAAAGACAACUUAAGUUAUUAUCAAUUCUUUAUCGAUGAUUUUGAUUCAGAGGAUUUGGAGGGGGAUUUAUAUGAAUUUCAAAAUACGAUGUUACAUUUUCAUCACGAUAAAAUGGACAUUUAUCUUAUGGACUAUGAGCUGGAUCCGUUCUAUAGAAUGUGUUUGGUCAAGUCAUUCGAUCUUCCCUUGACCAAGUCUCAAAACAUACAUGAAACCAUCGAAAGAGUGAUAAAGUUAUUAAAUAUCAUAAUAUCGAUGAAUCAAAUAGCUGAAAGAAAUACUCGUAUAAUCGAUAAUAUAGAUAAUAUAGUAGCAGUUAUGUCGAGGGAAAAUAGAAUCCCAGAACGAAGUAAUGUAAUUUUGACUAACGCUACUCCUUACGUUCUUGCCGCUCAUCAUUAG